AUGACUCUUGUGCGUUACGAUGCUCAUCAAGUUCGUCUUGCUCUCCGUAAGAAUACCAACCAGUAUUCUUGCAUCCUGGUCAACGGCGCUCGCGGACGAUGCGGUAGCGACUUUAAUAAUAUCCUUCGUUGGGAUAUCAACGAGACUAAGAAGGGUGGUCCCUUCCGUGAAAUUACUGAAUCUGACUAUUUGGAAACUGCAUCUAUUUCAAUGCUUAAUUCCAAAGUUUUGCCCCGUUGA